AUGGCUGCUGACAACUGCACUGGGGUCACUGACUUCAUAUUCCGGGGCCUCCCUGGCAGACAGGACAUACAGCAGGGGCUCUUUGUGCUCUUCCUGCUGGUUUAUGGCAUAACCGUGGUUGCCAACCUGGGGAUGAUCCUGCUGGUCAAGGUGGACCCCAGACUCCACUCGCCCAUGUACUAUUUCCUGAGCAAUCUGUCCUUCUGUGAUGUCUGCUACUCCUCCACUGUCUCUCCCAAGAUGCUGGCUGAUUUCUUAUCUGAGCAGAAGAGGAUUCCACAUAACUUAUGCGCCAUUCAAAUGUAUUUCCUUUGUGCCUUUGCAGAUGUGGAAUGUCUCCUGUUGGCGGUCAUGGCUUAUGACCGUUAUGUAGCCAUUUACAACCCACUUCUUUAUAUAGUGGCCAUGCCCAGGAGACUCUGUAUCCAGCUCGUGGCCUUUGUGUACAUGGGAGGGUUGGUUGACUCGGCAAUCCACACCUGUUGUACAUUUCAAUUGUCGUUCUGCAACUGCAACAUCAUCAACCACUUUUUCUGUGACAUCCCACCCUUGCUAGCCCUCUCUUCCUCAGACACCUCCAUCAAUGAGAUCCUUUUGUUCAUUUUCAGUAGCUGUGUUGUGGGGCUCAGCAUCAUUACUGUCCUCCUCUCUUACGUGUACAUCGUAAGUGCCAUCCUGAGAAUGAAGUCAGCAGAGGGCAGACUUAAAGCCUUCUCUACGUGUGCCUCCCACUUAACCGCAGUGGCCAUAUUCCACGGCACACUGCUGUUCAUGUAUUUCCGACCCAGCACCAGUUACUCCAUGGACAUGGACAAAGUGGCCUCUGUUUUCUACACAGUUGAUAUCCCUAUGCUGAACCCGCUGAUCUACAGCUUGAGGAAUAAAGAUGUGAAAGAUGCCCUGAAAAAAAUUAUCAGUACUAAAUUAUGUUCUGUGUGA